AUCCACUUCCUGUCUGGGCAGCUCACUUCAGGAAGAAGAAAGAAUGGCGACGCUCAAAGCGUCCGAGACUCAAAGCACGGGGGCAAAACAAAGACUUUGCAAAAGUAAUAUCGUGUUCAAGUUCACGGAAAGUAAAAUCACAGGGCAGACGUUUAGUCGCGGGACACAGCUUCCGGUGGGUCUCCUCCAGGAGCGAGACAAGCGGGCCAAGUGGCAAGGCAUUCCCACUUUGCUCCAGAAGCUCUACCUGAGCAGUCAUCCCAACAGUGACCUUUCGCAUGCCCAUGGCCUCAUUAAGGUGCUGUCGUCCCAGCUGUCCAUGGAGGCCAUGUCCUUUGUCACAGAGGAGAGGAAGUCUGCCCAGGAAUCCACCUUCCCCAACACGCACACCUUUGACCUCUUCGGCGGCGUCCGCCUGCUCGUCGAGCUCUUGAUGAGACCCACGCUAACGAUGCAGAAGAAAAAGCCCAAAAUGCACGACGAUUUGGUGAAAGACUGCCUGAGCGUUCUCUACAAUUGCUGCAUCUGCACGGAGUGGGUGACGAGGAGUCUGGCCGCGAGGGACGACUUUGUUCUGUUCCUUUUCACGCUCAUGACAAACAAGAAGACCUUCCUCCAGACCGCAACGCUCAUCGAAGACCUACUCGGCGUUAAGAAGGAGAUGAUCCAUUUAGAGAGCAUCCCCGACCUGUCGGGCCUGGUCCAGAGCUUCGACCAGCAACAGCUGGCCAACUUCUGCCGCAUCCUGUCGGUCACCAUCUCCGAACCCGACUCGGGCAACGACGACAAGCACACGCUGCUGGCCAAAAACGCCCAGCAGAAACGAAACUCGGGCCCCUCGCCGGCGGAGGUCAAUCAAGUGGCCUUGCUGAACAUCCCCGGAUUCGUGGAGCGCCUGUGCAAGCUGGCCACCAGGAAGGUGACGGAGGCGGCGGGGGCCAACUUCCUGCAGGAGCUGGAGGAGUGGUACACGUGGCUGGACAGUGCCCUGGUGCUGGACGCGCUCAUGCAGAUGGCCACCGAGGAGGCGGAACAGAGCGGCGCAGGCGAGGAGGCGCCGCCCGCUUUGCGCUCCUUCGCGUUCGCCCGCCGAGCCGCCCGCAAACUUUUGUCCGCUCGCUCCUCAGAGUCGUCGGACGAAAGCUCGCUGGCCGCCAGCCCGCUGAGGCAUCGUCUGCACCCCUCCAUGAAAAUUGUCCACGAGAUCAUGUACAAGGUGGAGGUGCUCUACGUGCUGUGCGUGCUGCUCAUGGGCCGACAGAGGAACCAGGUCCACAAGAUGCUGGCCGAGUUUCGCCUCAUCCCGGGUCUCAAUAACCUCUUUGACAAGCUCAUCUGGAGGAAAUUGACGCUGUCCACCCACGUGGUGCACGGCCAGAACGAGAACUGCGACUGCAGCCCGGAAAUCUCCUUCAAAAUCCAGUUUUUGCGUCUCCUUCAAAGUUUCAGCGACCACCACGAGAACAAGUACCUCCUGCUGAACAGCCAGGAGCUGAACGAGCUGAGCGCCAUCUCGGUGAAGGCCGACAUUCCCGAGGUGGAGGCGCUGGUCAACACCGACCGGAGUCUGGUGUGCGACGGCAAGAAGGGCCUCCUCACGCGCCUGCUGGCCGUCAUGAAGAAGGAGCCGCCCGACUCCUCCUUCAGAUUCUGGCAGGCGAGGGCGGUGGAGAGUUUCCUGAGAGGAGCCACUUCCUACGCCGACCAAAUGUUUCUCCUGAAGAGAGGACUGCUGGAGCACAUCCUCUUCUGCAUCAUAGACAGCGGCUGCACCUCCCGAGAUGUUUUGCAGAGCUACUUCGAUCUGCUCGGCGAGCUCAUGAAGUUUAACAUCGACGCCUUCAAAAGGUUCAACAAAUACGUCAACACGCCGGAGAAGUUCCAGACUUUCCUGACCCAGAUCAACAGCUCCUUGGUAGACUCCAACAUGUUGGUGCGCUGCAUCGUGCUGUCCUUGGACCGAUUUCAGAGCCAAAGCGAGGACGUGAAAGUGGUGGAGGUGCUGUCGGAGUGCCGGCUGCUGUCCUACAUGGCCCGGAUGGAGAAGCGACUGGCCUUCCUCUUCCGGCUGGUCAACAUCAUCAACGUGCAGACGCUGACGCAGGAGAACGUGAGCUGUUUGAACACCAGUCUGGUCAUCCUCAUGCUGGCCCGCAGGAAGGCCAAAUUGCCCUUCUACCUGAGCGCCUUGCGCGACAAGGAGCACGCCGACAAGUACCCCGGCUGUCUGCUCAACAACUUCCGCAACCUGCUGCGCUUCUGGCAGUGUCACUACCUCAACAAGGACAAAGACAGCACCUGUCUGGAGAAUAGCUCGUGUAUCCCCUUCAGCUACUGGAAGGAGACGGUGUCGGUCUUACUGGGCUCAGACAGGACUUCCCUGUGCGCCAUAGCCAGCUACAUCGACGAGCCCUUUAUGGAUCUGGACCGAGAUCUGCUGGAAGAUUGACCGCGGGCCGGCGCACGCCGCGGUUCGCUCGGGAGAGCCGGCCCCGCGCUCGCCUCGUCGCGCCCGCGCCCGACCUCGCUUUGGACUCCUCCGCGUUGAGCCGGCGGGACGCUCGCCCGUUUGCGCCGCCCCGACAUUGAGGCCGAAACCCGGCUGCCGUCCGGUCUCCGCCAAGGAAGGCGGGCCGCGCCCUGGCGGUUGACGGACCUUUGACGCCUGCAUUGAUUGUUUGCUUUAGCCGGGACGCACACAAAAACAAGAGCCUUUUUUUGUUGUUUUUUUACAUGAAAUCUUUACAAAAUGUUCUGAAAAAGUUGCAUUCACUUUUUCACCCCGAAAUGGUGUCGCAUGGCCGCCUUGACCCCCACCACCAGCCAGCUGCAACAUCUCGGUACACCUGCGCGGCCUCGCGGGGAGACUGCAAGUCUGGUCAGCGGGCAACAUCUUCAUUUCCUCCGCCUCUGGUCGCCGGCCGAUGAUUGGUGCCGACUGCCCCGACCGGCGCGUUUGCUUUGCAACAAUCCGCCGUUCUGUCGAAGCUCCUUGGAGGGACUCUUUUUGUUUGUUUGGUUUAAUUCGGUGGCUUUUAGCUCUGGUUAAAAUGUAGAUUGAAACGUUGCACAGAUGUUCUUAUUGAUUGUCGCAAGCCAUUUUUGUUGAUUAAAGAUUUUCUUCGUUGGAACAAAA